AUGAUUUCAGCUGCUGCUCAAUCCACCCCCCGCGCCAGGCUGGCUCUGGCCCGCGCGUCCACCACAUCUGCCGCCCACCAGACUCGCCAAUACCGCUACGGUCCCUGGCAGGUCGAAACCGACCACGAUGUCCGCGGUCGCCACCGUUCUGUUCGCUACAGAUACAUGGAGACGCUCAGCCGCAGGCUCUCCUGGGACAACAAGAGCGCCCGUGCUGCCGCCAAGACCACCACUCCGUCUUACGCCCACGGCAUGUCCAGCACCAGCGCUAGACACGCCGACACUGCCAACGUCAAGUCCUGGUCCGACGACCUCUCCGGUCUCGGCGCUGCCAAAACGGUCGGCGCCCUCGAGCGCGACGCUGUUGAUCAGCUGUUGCGCCCUCAACAAGACACCCCCCAGAGCAUUGAGAACCUCCGCCUGCCGCUCAAGAGCGUCCGCGACUAUAUCCAGGAGUUUGCUCCCAAGGACGCCACACAAACUGUUGAUGCUGAGAAGAUGAUCGAGGCCACUUCACAAUUUCCAAAGUACAAGGAUCUCGGCGCAUACAAGUCGGCCAGCUUUGACAACCCCAAUACACCCUGGGAGCUCACUGCCGAGGAAAAGUCCAAGCACUACAACGAUUUACAGAAAUACCGCCCCAUCGAGUGGAACGAGCCCGAUGGCCUGCCCGCCCAGAGCGCUGAGCAGUACAAAGAUCUUCACGACUACAAGCCCUCCAAGUACAAUGAACCUGAUGGCCUUCCCGGCCGCACUCCCGAGGAGCAGAGCAAAGACUAUGAUGACCUCCACAAAUAUGGCCCCGUCACUUGGAACGAACCUGAUGGUCUCCCCGGCAUGACUGCCGAGGAAAAGACCAAGCUCUACAAGGACCUCAACAAGUAUGGCGCCGUGACCUAUAGCGAGCCUGAUGGCCUCCGCCCCUUGACUUCGGAAGAACUCUCCAAGAACUACGAAGACUUGGACAAGUAUGCCGAAGGCUUCAAGUGCAAGGACACCCUUCUCAAAGCUCAGCAGGCCCGCGAAAUGGACGGCACCCCCCGUGGUACUCCUCGCCCGGCCAAGGUUGACGUCAAGCCCGCCAACUACGCCCAAGAGUACAAGGACUUGGACAAGUACGGCCCGGUUCGCUGGAAUGAACCCGAUGGCCUCCAGCCUCUCACUCCCGAAGAGCUGACCAAGAAAUACGAGGACCUGGACCGUUAUGCUCAGUAUGACAACGCUGACCCCCAGUCGGCUCGCAUCCACCCAGAGGAGGCUUCCAAGCGCUACGGCGAUCUCAGAAACUACAACCCCAGAGCUUUUGACGCGGCCAACAGAAAGUACCCAAUUCACCCCGAGGAGGCCACCAAGAACUACAAGGACCUCGGCAGCUAUGCUAAGCCGAUUCUGGACGAGAUUUCUGCUCAGCCCCUCCGCCCCGAGUUCAACGAGCAUGAUGUCGAGAUCCUCCUGAAGACUGCCGCUCACCAGUCUAGUGCGGACCAGCUGGACUCUGCCCCUGAUGUCCCCAACGGCACCAUCAAAGCUGCUGCCAAGCGCCGCCUUGUCAAUCUCGAGGACGCCAAGCACAAGUACCAGACGUCUUUCGAAGCUGACGUGCCCAAGGGCCCCGUCUCCGAGGCGCAGCCCAUCGUCGACGUGGAGCUUGAGGCUGCCCGCCGCGCCGAGAAGCUCGAGGACGGCAAGUCUGCGUAUGCCGCCGAGUGGGGUGCCGAGGAGCACCAGCAGCCGCCGGUUGCUGAGCAGCUCGAGUCUGUCGCCGAGCAGCGUCUGUCCAACCUCGAAACAGCAAAGGUUGAGCACGAGCGCCGCUUCGAGCAGGAGAACGACGAGGGCGUCAGCUCCAUGGAUGAGAGCUUCCCGACGGCCAACAAGUCGAUCGUUCAGGAGGCGCUCAGCAAGCUGGCCGCCCAGCAGAACAAAAGAGCGCAGGCCCAGCAGGACCCCUACUCUAAAAUCCCGCAAGGACUGGAAAAGAAGACUCGCCGUCGCAGGCAGUGA